GAGUGUGUGUGUGUUAGCGAGCUGUGAUGUCGUGGCUUUCACCUGUGCAGUGGGCCAAGUGGACGUGGUCGGCCGUGAGAGGAGUGGGUGAUGAAGAAGCUCAGAGAGAGGAUGAGGAGCAGGACGACGACGAGGGAGAGAAGUCUCAGGGCUGCAGCUCUGAUUCAGAGGGUCACUACGAGACGCCUGAGACAGAGACACCCGUCCAUCAGCCGCUGAAAGACCUGCUGGCUCCGCCCACAGCUGAUGUCACAGGUUUACAGGAGCGCAGUGAGGAACAGGGCACCUCUGCUCCAGAGAAGGUUCUCCAUGCACAGACCUCCACACUGAAGCCUCAACAUCCACCCAGCAUGGUGACGGAGCCACCCACGCUCCUCUCUGAGCACACGCAUAGCAGCCACCUUCCAGAACAUUCCCCCAGACUGCAGGGCCGGAGCACCGAGCCACGCCCUCCCUCUCUGAAGAUGACAUCUCCACUGAACGCCGUCGACCCAAAUGAGGUGGACGACGAACCCCCACCGCCGCCCAGGGGCUGUUACGCGUUUGAUCCGGACCAGUACAGCGAUGACAUCAACCCAUUCACCGGCAGCGGCUCCCAGCUGCAGAACUGCCCUCCUGGCUUCUCCAGCCUCCCCAGCCAGGAGCCCCCGGACCGGGCCGGAGCAGAACCGGCUCAGCCGGAGGUGGGGGGAGAUGUCGACGGCUCCAGGAGACCUCCGCCCCACAAACAGGGCACAAAGUCUGGCAGCAAGUUCACCCCUAAAAAGCAGAGACCCCACGCUGCAGACACGCCCACCACAGCAGGCCCCACCUCUGAGCCUGCCCCCGCCCACCAUUUCCCCAUGUCCAAUAAGUCGUACAACUUAGACCCAAGCCAGUGGGACGACCCCAACUUCAACCCCUUCGGGGGCAGCAGCAAGGUGGGGAAUUCGCCGACCCUCCCGAUUGGCUCGUACAGUUUCGAUCUGGACAACUUCGACGACUCCGUGGAUCCUUUCAUGCCAUCAAAGGCCUUCGGCGGCGGUGACCUGGAGAAACCAACAGACACAGUGGUCCCGCCAAACCACGAGGGUCCUGUAGCCGAGACGACAGUGCACCCGUCGCCCAAGAAAAGCACAGACAAGAUAAUCACGACCACUGAGCAAGUGCAGUUUCUCUGUUUGCUUUUGAACACCUGUAAAGUGAAGAAGUAUGAAAAUAAUCCUUCAGUCCUAGACAUCACCAAUCAGCAGGGUGAGGAGGUGCAGGGAGACCCUAGUGUUCCCCUGUCCCUCCCUGUUCGUCAUGCAACGGAUGAGGAGAAGCUGGCAUCCACAGGGAUGGUGUCGAAAGAUCCGGAAGACUGCUCCACCUCCAACACCUCCAACACCAAAUCCACAGACGAUCUGCCGGUGGGCAAAACAGACUCGGCCAGUGAGAAAGAGAUCUGCAGUCCUAGUGAAGGCAUAUGUAAGCCCCCGUUCCCAUCGGAGAAGACUAGCCCAGGUCUGGACUGCCUCCCCCUCAGUGAGAUUGAUAAGGCUGCAGUACUCACCCUGAUCAGAGAGGAGAUCAUCACUAAAGAAAUCGAGACCAGUGAUUGGAGGAGGAAAUAUGAGGAGAGCAAAGCAGAGGUGACUGAGAUGAGGAAAAUAGUGGCGGAGUAUGAGAAGACAGUGGCACAGAUGAUUGAGGAUGAGCAGAGGAAGAACAUGUGCUCCCAGAAGAGCGUCCAGCAGGUGACUCUGGAGAGAGACCAGGCUCUGGCGGACCUCAACUCAGUUGAGCGUUCGCUCUCUGACCUCUUCAGACGCUAUGAGAACAUGAAGGGCGUGUUGGAGGGGUUUAAGAAGAAUGAGGAGGUGCUGAAGAAGUGUGCCCAGGAGUACCUGACGCGGGUCAAACAGGAGGAGCAGCGCUACCACACCCUCAAACUCCACGCAGAGGAGAAACUCGAUAAGGCCAAUGAGGAGAUAGCUCAGGUGCGUUCCAGGGCAAAUGCAGAGAGUGUGGCGCUGAAUGCCAGUCUGAGGAAGGAGCAGAUGAAGGUGGAGUCUCUGGAGAGAGCCCUCCAGCAGAAGAAUCAGGAGAUUGAGGAACUCACUAAGAUAUGUGAUGAACUCAUCGCCAAACUGGGCACAACAGACUGAGCUCAGCCUGCCCCUAUCCUCUUCUCACCCCAGACCUGCCCCGCCCCGCCCCAUGCCAGCUUCUGGUCAACAUCUGGAGUGUGAAAAGGCAGCAUCAUGAGAACCACUUGCACCUACACAGUGAUGUGAGCCUGAGGAGAGUCCGAAUCUGUCUGGGUGGAGCUGUUGGGACUGAUGGUGGUCUGAUAGUGAGGCAAGGGGGAAACACCCACCUACACCGACCUGACAGUUCUGCUGCUGUUCCUGAAGAGGGCGCAAUCACAUUAUUCACAUCUUGUACUGUAGAUAAGAGACAUAGUUGUUUGGGUGUUUUGAGCAGUGCUUUGUCUUAGAGCCAAGCUUACACUUCUCUUACGUUGUGGUUGCUAUUGUAUCUUGACACAACCAGUGAAAAUGGGAAAACCCUAAAACCAAUCAGUGUUUGUGGUUUUUCACUGUUUCUUGGUGUUUUAAAUGCUGGGAUUUGUGCCACAGUGGUUUGCAUCUUUACUGAGUGAGAGUAUUUAAUAUCAAACGAGGUGUGCAGCACCAGGGCUCAAACACAACUGAAAAGAAUCAAAUACAACGAUGUUUCCAUGAAGGAAGGAAAACUCCAUUUAUUAAUGGAGAGACAGAGCAUGUCACUCCACAGCACCGCACCAUGCCGAGAUGAGUCACUGAUCACACGAUGAACCAGCAUUUCCAUUUUGUCUUUCUUUCCCCUGAAAUAAGGAAGAGUGCAUGUUUUCCGUGUUCUGGGGAUUCCCUCCUCCGUCUUCCCCUCUUCUCAUCCCUCUUUCCCUCAGCUGCCUCCCGUGUCUCACACACCAGUGGAACCAGGUGUUGCUAGGAAACAGCAUCAAAGCGACAAUCCUUGCUACUGCUCUUACUCUGUGCCUGUUGCCACUGCAAUGCAAGUUGCUAAUAACCAAUCCCACAAUACUCCUGGCUGUUAUUAUGCAAUAGUACUCGCCAUGCUGUCCCAUGUUUGCCCAGUGCAGGGCCCCCGGGGGGGCGGGGCAGUAGCCAAAGACACGCCCCCCCCUCACUGCUGAUAGGCUCUCUGCACCCCUGCCUCUGUGAGUGUUUAUAAGAGUAAUAUUCUUCCUUUUAUUCAUAUUUGUAAAGUGGAAGACUGAGUUGCAGAGAAAUCAUGUUUACUAAUAUAUAUCUAUACAUCUAUAUCGAUAUCUCUCUCCUUCUCUCUAUAUAUAUAUAUUUUGUGCAUAAGACAUUGCUUGAAUUAAAGUAAUGACAAUUUA